CACCCUGCAAGGCCCUGGUGCGUUUGGUUUCCGGCUCGAGAGGGCGGGCUGUCCCGCCCUUGGUCCCCGGAGCUCAUGCAUAUUCAUGAGGGGGGUGGGGCAGCUAGGUCUUUAUAAGAACGGUCUCUGGCUGGUGGGGCCGGACUCUUGGGUCGAACUGCCUGCGGUGCGGAGUGCAGAGGUUGACUGAGGCGCACCGGAACCAGCCGGCCGGCCUCUGUGUUCCUGUGUCUGUCUGUGACACUCGGGCCCGGUCUCUCCGCGAUGGCUCUCCCCACAGCUCCUGGCAGCCCUCUCCCCGCGGAAGCCCGAGAGCGAGGACGGCGAAGCAGACUCGUUUGGACCCCGAGCCAAAGGGAUGCCCUGCGAGAGUCCUUGGAGCAGAACCCGUACCCGGGCAUGGCCACCAGAGAGCUGGCCCAGGCCAUCGGCAUUCCAGAGCCCAGGGUCCAGAUUUGGUUUCAGAAUGACAGAUCGCGCCGGCUGAGGCAGCACCAGCGGGAAUCCAGGUCCUGGCCUGGGCCCCGCGGCCCGCCAGAAGGCCGGCGAAAGCGGACCGCCGUGACCCAGUCCCAGACCUCCGUGCUCCUCCGAGCUUUCGAGCGAGAGCGAUUUCCGGACUUCGCCACCAGGGAGGACCUGGCCAGAGAGACGGGCCUCCCGGAGUCCAGGAUUCAGAUCUGGUUUCAGAAUCGAAGGGCCAGGCAUCCAGGCCCAGGUGAGAGGGCACCCACGCACGCAGGGGCCCUGUGCAAUCCGGCCCCUGGGGGGUGCCACUCUCCUCCUCCCUCGGUCGCCCUCACCCACACCGGGGCAUGGGAAAAGGCGCUCCCCGCGCCCACGCCCCACGUGCCCUGCGCGCCAGGGGCUCUCCCACAGGGGGCUUCCGGGAGCCAGGCCGCCGCGCCGCCGGCAGAAGGAAUCUCGAAACCUGCCCCCGGCACUAGGGGGUUCGCUGCCCUGGCUCUUCCGGAGGUGGCGCUUCCCCACUCUCAGGCUCUUGGCUGUCCUGCGCACCCGAGCAGAUGCCAGGAGGAGCGGGACAGUCCCAUCCACACAGGAGUCACACUCAGUCCAACUGAAACGGGAUUUCGGAUUUCGUCGUCAGUGCGUGCGUGUGUGUGUGUGUGUGUGUGUGUGUGUGUCUCUGUCUGUCUGUCUUUGCACUCCACAAGGGUGCCUGUUGCUCUGGUCUCUCUGGCUUGCAAUGGCGUGAUCACGUUGACUGACUGCCUUCGUAAUCAGCGGCGAGUCUUCCCUUCCCCCACACCUGUCUAGGAUCCCUGAGUUCCAGGUCAGUCAGGUGAGACACUACACACAGGGCAGGGCUGUGCUGCCAUUCUUUCCUGAGCAUCUCGGGUUUCCCAGAACAGCCCAGGUCCUGAGACGUGGGCCUUCUGCGGCGCCUGCGCGCCUCUCGGGGGAGCCAGCUGCGCUUCGAGGACCAACCCAGGCAGAGCUCUCACCCCUCCUCUCCCCUACCCCACCAUGCAGACACGAGUCCCUGCGCAAACGCAGGUGCUGCUUUUUCCAGGCGGCAGGGAAGGCGGGUAGAGAUCGUGAGAGCCUCCCAGGCAGAGAGGGAGGGAGAUAUUAAGAGAGGAAAGGACAGAAUGGAGGGAGAAAGGGAAGGAGUGAAAGAGGGAGAAAAUAAGGAAGGGAGACAUGGAGAGAGGGAGGAAGGGAAGGAGGUAUGCAGGGAGGCAGGAAGGCAUGGAGGGAGGCUGCUUGUGUGAGAUACUCGCAGCAAUGGCGACACCCACAGACAUUGGCACCUUUCCGGACUGAGGGUCCGGAAAACUCAAGACUCUCAUGGGGGUUGACUUCCUCACUGCACACCACCCACCACCCAUGUAACGUGUUCCAGCCCAUAGGGAGGCCUUCAGUUUCUGUAGAAUUCCUGUGGAACCCCGGAGAGCCAGCCCCAGCGCCCCCUUUUUCCAGUUUUCUGGAAACGCCUUGCCGGAUCCGUAGGCAAGCCUAACUUCCUUUUUGCCUUUUCUGCUUCCCCGCUCCACUUUCACCUGCCCACGGGUGCCCUGCCAGCCUACAUGCCAUCCACGGGAAGCACCUUGAAGCUAAACGCAGACCCGAGACUCUGGGCCAAGGACGUCCUUAUUUUUCCUCGUUGGGGUGAAGGGUAGACAUAAAGGAUGUAGAUUUUAGAUACAGAGGGUGAAAGUAGUGAAGGGAGCAAAGUGUAUAUUCACAGAGGUGUUUGAAGGUAAGAACAAAUCAAAACGUAAAUUUGUAUAAGUCCAUAGAAAACAAAUUGUAAAAAUCAGACCAUAAAUAAAAUUUCAGUAAGAAAGUAGGCCGGCCUGGUGUCUCACAGU